AUGGCCGAGGAAAAGUGUCCCUUCAUUCGGACCAUGAACACGGGAGGUGGCGGCACCAAGAACCGCGACUGGUGGCCCGAUUCCCUCAAGCUCAACAUCCUUCGCCAGCACACUCCUGUCACCAACCCGUUAGGUGGUGACUUUGACUACGUCUCUGCCUUCAAGACCCUUGACUACGAUGGCGUCAAGAAGGACCUGACGGCUCUGAUGACCGAUUCUCAGGAUUGGUGGCCCGCCGACUUUGGCCACUACGGAGGUCUCUUCAUCCGUAUGGCAUGGCACAGCGCCGGCACCUACCGUGUCCACGACGGUCGCGGCGGUGGUGGUGAGGGUCAGCAACGUUUCGCCCCUCUCAACAGUUGGCCCGACAAUGUCAGUCUUGACAAGGCCCGCCGCCUGUUGUGGCCCAUCAAGCAAAAGUACGGUAACAAGAUCUCUUGGGCUGAUCUCAUGAUUUUGGCCGGAAACGUUGCUCUCGAGUCAAUGGGCUUCCAGACCGCUGGAUUCUCUGGCGGACGUCCCGACACCUGGGAGGCUGAUGAGUCCGUUUACUGGGGUGGCGAAACCACAUGGCUCGGCAACGACGUCCGUUACUCCCACGGUCACGAAGGCAAGUCCGAGCAGGGCGUCCUCGAUGGCUCCCAGGACACCAAGAGCAAGUCAGACAUUCACACCCGCGAUUUGGAGUCACCACUUGGUGCUGCCCACAUGGGUCUCAUUUACGUGAACCCUGAGGGCCCCGAUGGUAACCCCGACCCGGUUGCUGCUGCCAGAGACAUUCGCGUCACCUUUGGACGCAUGGCUAUGAACGACGAGGAGACGGUUGCUCUCAUCGCUGGUGGCCAUACUUUCGGCAAGACCCACGGCGCUGCUCCCGAUAGCAACGUUGGUGCCGAGCCCGAGGCCUCUGGUCUCGAGGCCCAGGGUUUUGGCUGGGCCAACAAGCACGGUACUGGCAAGGGUGCCGACACCAUCACCAGUGGUCUGGAGGUCACCUGGACUGCAACUCCCACCAAGUGGAGCAACAAGUACUUCGAGUACCUGUUCAAGUUCGAUUGGGAGCUUACCAAGAGUCCCGCUGGUGCCAAUCAGUGGGUGGCCAAGAACGCCGAGCCCAUUAUUCCCCAUGCCUUCGAUUCCAGCAAGAAGCAGCUUCCCACUAUGUUGACGACCGACUUGUCGCUCCGCUUUGACCCCGAGUACGAGAAGAUUUCGAGACGUUUCCUUGAGAACCCGGAUCAAUUCGCCGAUGCAUUCGCCAAGGCUUGGUUCAAGCUCACUCACCGUGACAUGGGCCCGCGCUCCCGCUAUGUCGGACCUGAGGUUCCCUCUGAGGACUUCAUCUGGCAGGACCCUAUUCCCGCUCCUAGCUCGCCCCUCGUCAGCGAGCAGGACGUUGCAGCUCUCAAGAAGGAGGUCCUCGCCACUGGCAUCGAUGCAUCUAAGCUCAUCUCCACUGCCUGGGCUUCAGCCUCUACCUUCCGUGGAAGUGACAAGCGCGGUGGUGCCAACGGUGCCCGUAUUCGCCUGGCACCUCAGAAGGACUGGGAGGUCAACAACCCUAAGCAGCUCGCCGAGGUCCUCAAGGCCCUUGAGGGUGUGCAGCAGAAGUUCAACGGUUCCGGCAAGAAGAUCUCGCUAGCUGACCUUAUCGUCCUCGCCGGUGCUGCUGGUGUCGAGAAGGCAGCCAAGAAUGCGGGCGUCGAUAUCAACGUGCCCUUCACACCUGGUCGUGGCGAUGCCACCCAGGAGCAGACCGAUGUUGAGUCUGUCGACUACCUUCAGCCCUAUGCUGAUGGCUUCCGCAACUACGGCAAGUCAGGCAACCGUGCGAAGACCGAGCACUACCUUGUUGACAAGGCACACCUCCUUACGCUCACCGCACCGGAGCUCACCGUUCUCGUUGGUGGCCUGCGUGUGUUGAACACGAACUUCGAUGGCUCAUCAACUGGUGUCUUCACCAAUCGCCCUGGUGCCUUGACCAACGACUUCUUCGUCAACUUACUCGACAUGGGCAACGAGUGGAAGGCCACCAACAACCAGGAUGUCUACGAGGGCUUCGACCGCAAGUCAGGCUCCAAGAAGUACACCGCCAGCCGUGUCGACCUUGUCUUUGGCUCCCACGCUGAGCUCCGCGCUGUUGCGGAGAUUUACGCCCAGGCUGAUGCCGGACAGAAGUUCGUCAAGGACUUCGUGACUGUUUGGGACAAGGUCAUGAACCUGGACCGCUUUGAUCUCAAGAAGCAGUCCGGUAGCGUGCCGAGCCGCCUUUAG